AAUUUUCACACGACAUUCGCACACUUCUUAAAGAUUUCGUGCAUACAUAUAGUUUUGACUAUUAUAAAUCGUUUAGUUCGGUACAAAUUAUAAAUAAUUUAUUUGCUGCAGUGCUUUUUAAUAUAUACAAAUAACGAGUUGGAAAAUGUCACAAGUAACUGUUAAGCCAUUGGUAGGGCCUUGUGAACUCGGUGAAGGGCCACAUUGGGACCAUGUAUCACAAAAGCUUUAUUUUGUUGAUAUAGUUGCCAACAAAAUUUAUAGAUUUGAUCCUGUAUCACAAAAUCUUACAUUUGCUUUCAUAGAGAGUGGCACUGUUGGGUUUGUUAUUCCUGUUGCUGGUUCUACCAAUAAGUUUAUAACAACCAGUGGUACAGAUUUUGUUUUGGUUUCUUGGGAUGGAGAAAAAAAUACUACAAAAUGUGCAAUUCAAAUUCUAGUUAGUGCAGAUAGUGAUCGUACAGAGACUAGAUGGAAUGAUGGAAAAGUAGAUGCUGUUGGAAGAUUCUGGGGUGGAACAAUGGCUAAUAUGAAAGAUGGAAUUUUUCCACCAAACAAAGGAUCUCUUUAUUCCAUUGGUACUGAUCUUGUGCUAAAAAAACAAGUGUCUCCUGUAACUAUCAGUAAUGGAUUAGCUUGGACUUCUAAUAAUGAUACAAUGUAUUACAUUGAUUCAAUGACAUAUCAAGUAGUGGCAUAUGAUUACAAUAUUCAAACAGGAGAUAUAUCUAACAAGAGAACCAUAUUUGACCUUCAGAAAAAUAAUAUCCCUGGAAUUCCUGAUGGUAUGACUAUUGAUACAGAUGGGAAUCUUUGGGUAGCUGUUUUUGGUGGAGGUGGUGUACUUCAAAUAAAUCCAAAGACAAGUGAAUUGUUGCGCUUUGUCGAGAUUAACGGUGCCAAGAAUAUAACCAGUGUUGCAUUUGGUGGUCCUGAACUCGAUACCCUAUACGUAACAUCAUCGUGUAUGGAAUUAGAUGAAAAUCAGUUAAAGGAGCAACCAUAUGCUGGUUACUUGUUUGCUAUAACAGGUUUAGGAGCACGUGGAUUUCCCGCAAAUUCAUUCAGAGUACCAGAUAAAUUAAUAUAGAUCUGCGUAUAAAUGAUCGAAGUAUGUACAAGUAUACGAAACAUAUUUUGUUAUAAACAUAUUUUGAUAUUAAAGAGCUACGUUUGUAAUAAUCUUCGCAGAGAAAUAAAUUUUUAUAGCAAACAAUUA